AUCGUAGUUUUUUUACGUAUAUAGAGUUAUCACCUUGAUAUCAUCGUCAAUCUUAAAUAAAAAUUAUAUUUUAAAUAUAUAUAAUUUAUAGAAUUGCAGAUAUUCUCUCAAUAUUAUCUAUGCAAUAAUUCCAGUUUAAGGUUAUAAAAAGUAAAAAUCAGGAACAAAAUAUGUGUAAAACAAACUGUAAACCGAAAAUAAUUAUCUUUGACUUAGAUUAUACUUUAUGGCCAUUUUGGGUUGAUACUCAUGUUAUUCCUCCUUUUAAAAAGAAAGGAAAUAAUGUAGUAGAUUCUCGUGGUCAAAUUAUUCAAUAUUACAAAGAAGUACCUGAUGUUUUAAAACAUUUAUAUGAAGAAGGAUAUGAACUUGGUGUUGCAUCUCGUACAUCAGAAAUACAAGGUGCUAAACAAUUAUUAAAUCUGUUUGAUUGGGACAAGUAUUUGAAAUAUAAAGAAAUUUAUCCAGGAUGUAAAGUAACUCAUUUUUCUAAGAUUCAAAAAGCAUCAGGAAUUGAUUAUAAAGAUAUGGUGUUUUUUGAUGAUGAAGAUAGAAAUAUUGUUGAUGUGGGUAAACUUGGUGUUACUUGUAUAUUUGUUAAAAAUGGUGUGAAUCAUGCACUUGUAGAAAGUGUUCUUAAAAAAUUUUAAUUUUUAUAAUUAUAGAGAAAUGUAUAUAAUAAAUAGCUUUAUUUUUAUAUUUUAUUGCACUAAAUAUUUGAGAUUAAAAUGCUUCUAAUUUAUAUUUAAUACCAAAUUCAUGUUUUAUAUAUCUAAAUUUGAUUAAUCAUUGUAAAAUAAUAUUGUAAAGGGCUAUUAAUAACAAUAUUAUUGUUGUUAUUUUGAUUUAGCAUCAUAAAAUAUUUAGCACAAGAAAUCUGAGGAGUUUGAGAACAUGUAGUUUUCAAUAAAUUUGUUACACAAUCACUUGAUAAUGAUGAAGAUAAAAGAUCUUUUAAAGUAUUUACAUCAAAGUUUUUAAAUGGACAUCCUCCUUCAUACAUGGGAUUUGAUGUAUUCAUCUGAUAACAUAAUAAAAAAGGAUGAGUUUGAAGUAGA